GGGGGCCUGAGUCACGGGCCGCCGCCCAGCCGGGGCGGGCUGCGGGGUCUGGAUCUCCGGGUCCCCCGGGGCCGGGCGGAGGGAGCCGCCGGACAGCGCCGAGGGGUCCGCGGGGGCGAGGCCCCGCCCCUCCCGGGCUCGGCCCGGCGCCCCCUUCGCGCUCCCCAUUGUCCUCAGACAAAGCGGUCGCCGCCCCCCGCCCGGCCCCCAGUGCUCCCAACCCUCAGCCCUGGGACACCAUGGCCACCAUGCCUGACUGGAAGCUCCAGCUGCUAGCCCGGCGCCGGCAGGAGGAGGCGGCUAUUCGAGGUCGGGAGAAGGCCGAGAGGGAGCGGCUGUCCCAGAUGCCAGCCUGGAAGAGGGGGCUCCUGGAACGCCGCCGGGCCAAGCUUGGCAUGUCUCCUGGAGAGCCCAGCCCUGCCCCUGGGACUACUGAGGCUGGCCCUCCCGACCCAGAUGAGCCGGCUGUACUCCUGGAGGCCAUCGGGCCUGUGCACCAGAAUCGAUUCAUCCGGCAGGAGAGGCAGCAGCAGCAGCAGCGGGCCGAAGAACUCGCCGAGAGGAGGCCUGCGGAGCGGAAACCCAGCCCUGGGGAGACGAGGGACCAGAGCCCCAAGGGAAGAGAACCUAGAGAAGAAAGGCCGACUCCCAGAGGGGGUAGAGAGAGUGGCCUGGGGCCAGGGGGAGCUCGAGAGUCGAGCCCCAAGCCUUCGGACUGGAGGCAGAGCCCGGGAGAGGCUAGAGACCAGAGCUCCAGGUUGACCGAGGCCUACAGGAGGCUGAGUCCUGGGGACCCUCCGGAGAGGAUCCUGAGAGCAGCAGAGCCCCAAGAACAAAGCCCCCUGAGAAAAGAAGGCCUAGAAAACAGACUGAGUCCCCCGGGGCUUGACGACCAGAAGUUGGGCCUGCCGGAGGCCCAUAAACGGAGGCCAGACUCUGGAGAAACACAAGAGCAAAGUUUGGUACAGCUGGAGGCUCCUGAGCGGAGGCGGAGACUGGGCGAGGCCGGCAGAGACUGCCUGGAGGAAUGCGGGAGCAGAGCCGAGCUGCAGAGUGCCAGGGUACCCCCAGAUGAGGUCCCAACGACGACGCGGGAAGGGCCGGAGCACCCCUCUAGGCGAGUGGAGGCGGCGGAGCCGAGGCCCGGCCCUGUGGAGGAUGGUGACAAGGGCUCGAGGCUGACAGAGGGGUGGAAAUGGACCCUGAACUCUGGGAAGGUUCGAGAAUGGACACCCCGGGACAUGGACAGUCUGAUUCAGAAACCAGAAGCUCCCGAGAAGCAUGUGGGGCCCCCCAGAGAAGAGGCAGAGGAGGUGGGGGCAGGGGUUCAGAGCAGGCCUCUGAGCACCCCACAGAGUCGGAGCCCUGCGCCCGCCCCCCUCCCUUCAGAGGCUGCUGGGCCUGGAGGCCCUAAGCAGCAGGAAGAGGAAGCAGGGGAGCUCCGGCCCCCACCGGCAGCUCCUCUGUCUCCCGCACCCCCAUCGGCCCCCCAGCCUCCUGGGGAUGCCCUCAUGAGCCGGCUGUUCUAUGGGGUGAAGCCAGGGCCCGGGGUGGGAGCCCCCCGCCGCAGCGGACACACCUUCACGGUCAACCCCCGGCGUUCCGUGCCCGCCACGGCCCCUGCCUCGCCAGCCAGCCCAGCCUCAGCUGACGCAGCCGCACCCGGGGCCGGCAAGAAGCGGUACCCAACUGCAGAGGAGAUCUUGGUUCUAGGGGGGUACCUCCGCCUCAGCCGCAGCUGCCUUGCCAAGGGGCCCCCCGAGAGGCACCACAAACAGCUCAAGAUCUCCUUCAGUGAGACGGCACUGGAGACUACGUACCAAUACCCGUCGGAGAGUUCGGUGCUGGAGGAGCUGGGCCCAGAGCCUGAGGCCCCCAACUCCCCCAGCCCCCCAGCUGCACAGCCUGACGACGAGGAGGAUGAGGAGGAACUGCUGCUGCAGCGGGAGCUCCAGGGCGGGCUGCGCACCAAGGCCCUGUUCGUGGAUGAGUCCUGCCGCAGGUGACCCUCUUCCCACAUGGGGCUCUACCUCACUCCUUCCAGAACUGAAGAUCCAAGAGCCCCGAAGAUGCAGAGCAGAUGGACCCUGAGAAUGAGCCUUGCAGGGGAGGGCGACCAAGGUCUUCCAACUUGUUUUCCUCAUCCUGUUUCCUGAGGGCAGUUGUCCCAUUCCCACACUCACCCUGGGUCACUGGGGUGAGAGUCACCCUGGUGUGUGCUGGCGUGUCCUAGAGUGAACACGAGCCUUGAGGAGAGCACAAGUCACAGGGGCAGGGGUGCAGAUGGAGCACCCCUCCAUUUCCGUGAACACCGCUCACCUUCCUUGCAGCACUCCUGACUGCUCACCCGCCAGGGGCUCUUGGGCAUCAGCACUCUUGUCCCUGUGAGGCCUGGUCCCCACUCAUACACAGGCACCCCAUCCUGUCCGGUGUCACUGGUCCUCCGUUUACAGCUCCCGCCUCCUCCCUGCCCACACCACCAGCUCCCAGCGCCACCUGCCAAAGUCCCACAUUUACAAGUCAUGCCUACAUGCCCCGUCUGUGUGGCCUCCUCUGCCCUGUCUCCUGCUGUCCCCUCACUGGAGUGACGGGUGUGGCUUCCUCCACGUUUGCUCUGUAUCUCUGAGUCUCGGUUUUCUCCCAGAGGGAAGGCUGUGUGCAUCUUAACUGUCUCCCCUUUACGGUUAUUUAAUUCUGUUCCCUGUCGUGAUUCACGAUUGAAUUGAAUUGUUCCAAGGUGUGGGGUGGCUACCAUGGCACCUGAUUCUAUUUUGUUGUUAAUUGCCCAGUUUUUGAUUUUUUUUAAACUUUCUAUAAUAAAAUGGGGCUUUCUCCA